CGGCUCAGAGGAAUAAAAACACGCUGUACUCGCCGGUUUACAACGUUUUUCUUACAACAACUUGCUGCUGAGAUUUCCCAAAAAUCUUCUUUUCCCUCUUUUUUGACGUGAAAUCAAGUUUUUGGACGCGAAUACCGGGGAGAGUUUUACGCAGGAGGGACUUCACAUCUUUUGUUGUCUUCCCCCAAGCAGUUAAACAAGGAAUAUAUUUUUCUCGCAGGGGAAUUACAAGCUGAGUUACAGGCGGAAUGUUUUGAAGGAUUUUUCCCUGAGUGGUAAUAAUUAGGAGCGUGUUUCGCCGCCCUCAUUGUCCUGAGCGCGCAUUUCUCUCCAUAUGGCGGAAAACGUGCCCCGCGCCGAAUAAAAGUCAAGACAGUUUGAAAAAGCUCGCGAGCUCAGUUGAACUGCUGUUCCCAAAACCCUGCACGGAAGCGGAACUGCUUCCUGUCAUCUGAAUUUUCUCCGGCAUGGCUUCUCAGUGGAAGUAGCCUUCAAAGUGGAGGAUGGCUUUUUACUUCCCCCCAGGUUACAGCCUAAUCCCCCUGCAUGCCUAAUGGCACAGUGACAGUCAAACACUCGGCUUUCUGCAAAGGUUAAGUAUGACUGCAGCAGCAGGAGUGCUAACAGGCUUGGCUAAGCUAAAACGCCAGGACUCCACCCGCUCUCAGCACCGGCCUUUCCCUACAUCGCCAGGCCAGGGAAACUCCGCCCCAGAAACUGUGCCCAGAAAGCGAAAACGGCGUGCCGAUGUUGUGGUAGUGCGCGGGAGGCUACGCCUCUACUCCGCCUCUGGGUUUUUCCUCCUCUUGGGACUGGUCAUUUUGGCCGUAGGGAUCGGCAUGGCGACGCUUGGUUACUGGCCGCACAGUGAAACCAAGCCCUCGGCCAGAUCGCCGACUGGAGGAGGCUCUAAGACAACAACUGCCGGAGGAGAAGGAAAUGGAGAUAAGCUGGCCGUCACAGACACGGACGUGGCUAACUCCAGCACGGGUCAUAACGUGCAGGGUGCGCCCUCUAAGCAGACCAGGGGUCUUCUGACACGGUUCCUGGAACAGCACCGUCACUCUGAGAGGAUGAAGAUGUUCGGACCUUUCACCAUGGGCAUUGGGAUUUUCAUUUUCAUCUGUGCUAAUGCCAUUCUUCAUGAAAACAGAGACAGAGAAACUAAGAUAAUCCACAUGAGAGACAUGUAUUCCACCGUCAUCGACAUCCAUCGCCUCAGGCAGAGGGAGCAAAAACAACACCAUCACCGCAACAGCACCUAUGCAAGAGAAGUUGGGGAUCUUCGAGCCUUUGGAGCUGAUAACGCAGCGCGCAGGGCCAGCAACUCCCUUCUGGCGUUCUCCUCUCGAACUGGAGGCGGCGCUGGAGGGGGAGGGUCUACAGAGGAAGAGGAGGUGCUGCUCGGGGAUGAGGAGUUUCACAGACAGAGGGCGCAGGCUAAGUUGGAUUGUAGCUUUGCGGGGCUGCUGGCGCCGCUCUAUAAGGAUCGGCCCUUUGGUGGCCCGGGGUUGGCUCGCUCGGAUUCGGUACGCCACCAGUGGUCGGUGGACGUAGACGGGGAGAAGGGAGGACAUCAUGCACGCUCCAUUGUCUCAUCCUCCAUCUCUGCAUUUACUCUCCCAGUUAUAAAACUCAACAACUGUGUUAUUGACGAACCGGAGAUGGAGGCAAUUACUGAGGAGGAGAGAGGAGGCGAGCGGAGAGACGGAGAGAGGUCACAGCCUCUGAGCUCCAUGGAGUCUCUGGUGGUUCCAGUAGCAUCCGUUGCCAAGGCCUCCAAACCGCCGGGCCUACACCGGAGUAACUCCGCCUCCUCCUCCUCGCACUGCUCCUCUGUUUCCUCUUGCACCAUCUCCCCUGCUCCCUCCUCUACCUCAGGCUGCUGGCUAUCACCAGGAGCAGCGAGGAGUGAUUUUGGCUCCAACUCCUCUCUGCACAUGCUCAGCAGCCACUCCAAAUCUCUGGACCUGGAGCGAAGGCCGAGCAUGCUCAGCGUGCACCCGGAGCAGCGGAAGCACCCCAGUUGGCCCCGCCUCGACCGUAGCAACAGUAGCCGUAGUAACAGUGGCACCCGGGGCAGCAGUAAAGGCUACGUGCGGCUGGAGGACAGGGAGGACCAAGGAGAGCGGCUGUUAGACGCGACAGUGAGACGCGAAUACAGCAGGCGGGAGAAGCUGCUAAUGAUUUCGAGGUCGCAUAACAAUCUGAGUUUUGAGCACGAUGAGUUUAACAGCAGCACGCUGAAGAGAGGCAGCUCUGAGACUCGAUUCUGAGGACGCUGACCUAAACGUUGAAGACAGUUCUGUCCUGUUCUGUCGACUGCUCUCCGGACUGUGUACAGUGAGUCCGUGUCAGUUGGAAACUGACGAGUUUAACAGCUGCACCCUGGAGAGAGGAAACUCAAACGCAGUUUCAAGGACUCUUUUCUUGAACAGCAGACUGGAGAGCAGUGAGUUAUGGACCAUCUUAGCAGUAGAGGGUUCAGGCUUCACGUCUGCUGAACGCCUACUGUACCAGGUCCAGAGGUGCUGGUGUGUAUCUGACCCUGACCUUUGACCUCUGUGGAGGGAAGAAAUGUAAAAGUUCCAUACAGGGAAAAAUAAAAAUAAAUAAAACUACAUCAUCACACCUCUUCCUAACUUACAGAAAGUGAGUGAACUCUGGCAGAUGGCACGUUAAAAAUGUCCAGAUAUAAUUAGAGCCAUGUCAUAGUGCGAGUUGGGGAUGAGAUUUGUUUUUUGGCAUUGCUGUGAUUGUGAAGUUAAUUAUUCAUAACUAACAAAAUUUUCCUAAGUUUUAAACAUUUCCUCAAACUUGUAUGAGAGUGUCUUCAUCCAUGUUGAAUGCUGACAGGAGGGAAAAUGGAAAUGGAAACGUCAAAGACGUCAGCGUCAAUACUGUCUAUAGACUGUAUAUAAAAAUGGUAGGGCUGUACUCUACUCAAAAUUGUGCAAGUCGAUUCAGAUUUGGCCCGUCAAUACAAAUAUUCAACAAUUCAUUCUGUUUUCCAUAAGUUUUAGGAUUUAAAGCUUAAACGGGCUCUGCGGGACAUUCAGUGUGACAAAUCAUAAAGUAGAAUAUAGGCUAACGGCACUGAUCGCAAAUGUACAACAAAUAUUUUUGCUGACACGAGAUAUCAAUAAAAGCCAGAGACUGUAUCAUGAUAA